AUGCUAUUAAGAUUCCGUGGUCCUGAUGGAACAGUCCGUAUUACUGUUGAAGCAAAUGAAACUUUUGCUCAACUUGGCGACAAGCUUGUAAAACUCCUACCUGAGAACAUCGACCCAAAGACAUUAACACUUUCAAAUGCGCCGAGUGGUGGUGAGGUCAAGUCUCUGGUAGAAAUUGCAAGAGCCAAAGUCUCGCAGAUUGGUCUCAAGAAUGGUGAUAUGGUAUUCAUAAAUUAUAAGCUCUUGGAUAGUCUUUCAAAUGGCAAUGCUACCCCUUCCACCUCGACUGGUCCUCCAUCUCAACUCGCCUCCUCAACAAAUCGUUUAAAUGGACACGUCGUUUUACCAGAAUCAAUACCUAUCGAUGUUCCAGCGCAAGAAGUAACUUCGCCAUCGGAAAAGAUCAAGAACCCGUGGGAAUUAAAAGAAGAUAAAAAGAUGUGUCGACAUGGUGAAAAAGGAAUGUGCGACUACUGUAUGCCGUUAGAACCAUUCAAUGCGGAAUAUCUGGCCGAGAAAAAGAUCAAGAAUCUCUCGUUUCACUCGUAUCUGCGAAAGAUCAACUCGGCGACCAACAAACCAGAGCUAGGAAGUUCUUUUAUGCCACCAUUGACGGAGCCGUAUUACCGUGUGAAGAAGAACUGUCCGUCAGGACAUCCUCAAUGGCCCGAGGGCAUUUGUACUAAGUGCCAACCGAGCGCAAUUACUUUACAGCCACAAGCAUUCCGCAUGGUGGAUCAUGUCGAAUUCGCUCAAGCAAGCCUCAUCGAAAACCUACUCCAGUUCUGGAGGGCGACAGGUGCACAACGUUUUGGGUAUUUAUAUGGUCGCUACGAGGAGUAUGCAGAGGUGCCAUUGGGAGUCAAGGCUGUUGUGGAAGCUAUUUACGAACCGCCACAAGUUGACGAACUCGAUGGCGUCACAUUAAAUGAAUGGGAAUCCGAAAAGGAUAUCGACGAGAUUGCGAGAUUGUGUGGCAUGGAGAGAGUCGGUGUCAUCUGGACUGAUCUCAUUGACUCAGGCGUUGGAGAUGGCACUGUCUUAUGCAAGAGACAUAUUGAUUCAUACUAUUUAUCAUCUCUGGAAAUCGCAUUUGCGGCACGUUUACAAGCGAAGCACCCAAAGCCAACGAAAUGGAGUGAUACGGGAAAAUUCGGGUCCAAUUUUGUUACCUGUCCCGUGGAAAUGGUUCGAGCAGAUAUUGUCGAACCAUCCGCCGAUCCUGCUGUGAUGAUCGUUCGCAGUGAAGGAGAUGAUGAUUCCGAUACGAGCGCACGAUACAUCCCUGAGGUCUUCUUCCGAAAGAUUAACGAGUAUGGUAGAAGCGUUCAAGAGAAUGCUAAGCCAUCUUUCCCUGUAGAAUAUUUACUCGUCACAUUGACUCACGGCUUUCCUAGCGAUCCUAAGCCAGCAUUCAUGGCUAAGAGUUCUUUCACUAUUGAGAAUCGUUUGGUCCUUGGCCAGGAACAAGAUCUCAAGGACGUUGGAAAGCAAUUAGGACUUGACAAGAGCGGACAACUCACUCAAUCUCCUGAUGGCGUCCUCGCGGUGUCUGACUUCCAUCUCCUAUGCUUCAUCUAUAGUAUGGGUAUUUUGAGCAAAGAAGAGAUGGCACUUCUCUGCCGUGUGGCAACUCAACACGAUUUAGCAGAUGGAUACCAAUUGAUAGCAACCCCUGGCUGGGCAAAUUUCCUUGCAAUUUUACAAUCGACUGGUGAGCGACCCCCAAAACGUCAGUCGCCGUCCGAUGACGAUGGUCCUGCGGAGCGUCUUGCUAAAAGGGUUGGCGGAGUUUCUAAUCGCCAAAGCGUCUCGACGACUAUUCAAGUCUAUAGGGCAGAGGAGAAAGAGGAUUGA